AUGGCGCGCAACCAGCCAGCAGACGCCCAAGCGCUCUACGACAGCCGGAGCGACACUUACGACGACAGCCACCACCCCCGGCUGGCUCGACACUUUGUUGAAAUGCUCCAGCUUGAGCCUGCGAGCACCAUGGUCGGACCAAGCGGCAGGGUAAUGGGAGUCGAUGUCAGCACCGGCAUGCUCGACGAAGCCAACAAGAAGUUGUCCCACCAUGAGCCAAAGAAUGUUUCCUUCCACAACCACUCUAUGGCUGAUCUGAACUCUCUGGACGCUAUCAAAGACAAGCAGUUUGAUGCCAUUAUCUGCUGCUCAGCGCUCGUCCUGCUCGAAGACGCUGCUGCAGCCCUGAAGCAUUGGACUAAAUACCUCAGGCGUGGCGGUCGGCUCAUCGUGGACGUCACACACCCAGUGAACCUCGCGGCCGGCACAGCACUCGAACGUGUGGGACAGCAACUCGGACGACCCAUCAUGUAUCACCGCGAGCCGUUCCAGAGACCUGAGGAUCUGUCGAGCAGAAUGCACGCAGCGGGUCUUCACAAUGUUGAGAUGACCUUCCUCUCCAUCAUGGACAUUCCUGGCACCGAUGCGCUCAAGGACUACAUCAUGCCAGACUUCUCUCAACCAAAGGUCCAGGCGGUAUACGACGUCGAAGAAGCUGAUGACGUGUUUGAGACUGCGGUCGAGGGGACGGCGUACACGAAUCUUGCAAGCCCUCCAGAAGUUCGGCAGCGGGCAAAAGCACUCUUCAAGGAGGAGUGGUCGAAGCUUGCGGAUAUUGAUGGCAAGGUCAGGGUAGUUGACGGACUUUUCGUGGGAAUGGGGUGGAAGUGA